GAGCUCUUCGUCGCCAGAGAAUUCUGCAUCCAUGUCGCCGGAGAAACUUCGACGUUGAACAUCACCUUCACCCCAUCUCCCAAUUCUUACGCCUUCAUCAACGGAAUCGAAGUCGUCUCCAUGCCGGAAAAUCUCUAUUUCUCUCGGGCGAUCCCAAACAACACUGCCCUCGAACUUUAUUACCGGAUAAACCUCGGCGGCGACGAGCUCUCGCCGAUCCAAGAUUCUGGCAUGUACCGGAUAUGGGAAGGAAACGAUCCGGGUGUGAUUUCUGCUGCCCAUCAAAUAUACAAUUACUCUGCUCCUAUAAACUAUACAGAUUCCACUCCUAACUUCACUGCUACAGAUUCAGUUUAUCAAUCCGGCAUAAUUACGCUUAAUGAUCAGACCUCGAAUCCGUUAAGCAAUUUGUCGUGGGGAUUGCCAGUUCAUGUGGGAUUCAAUUAUCUGGUGAGGCUACAUUUUUGCCUUCUGUUCCAAGAACAACAGACGCGUUUUACGGUGAACAUAAAUGGCCGGAAAAUCGACACCCUCGAUAUACAUUCCGUCAAUUCUCCAAUGUUCAAGGACUACAACGUAUUAAUGGCGAAUGAGAAUACUCGAAAUAUUUUGAUCGAUUUACACCCAUUACCGAGCGAGAGCUACGAUUCGAUUUUGAACGGAAUUGAAGUGUUCAAACAGAGCAAUGGCACCAAUCUCGCAGUGCCCAACCCACCGGGGCGGGCACUGGGGUCGGACACACCGCCGGCGGGAGCGAACCCAUCACCCAAAAAGUCAAACGCAACGCCGAUCAUCGCCGGCGUAAUCGGCGGCGUGGGUUUCGCGAUAUUAUUCUCUCUGGUUGGAUUUUUGGUCAUAUUGAAACAGAGCAAGAAAAAAACAAAGAGAAGGAGGAGGAAGAAGAAGAAGACGACGACGACGACAGAAGGCUCUUUGCUGCCGGAAAGACGCUGCCGGAGUUUCACCUUCGAUGAGAUUUUAGAAGCGACGGAUUAUUUCAACAAGGAGAGAGAGAUCGGAGUUGGCGGAUUCGGAGCCGUAUACAAAGGAAUUUUCGAGGACGAAGAUGAUCUCACGGUCGCCGUGAAGCGGCUGAACCCCGAUUCCCGGCAAGGCGCGCAGGAAUUCAAAAUGGAGAUCGAAUUACUAUCGGAGCUCCGGCACUUCAAUCUGGUAUCCCUAAUCGGAUACUGCAUCGAAGGCAAAGAAAUGCUCCUGAUUUACGAACUAAUGCAAAACGGCACUUUCAAAGACCAUCUCUACGACACCCCCAACAAUCCCCUCCCAUGGAAGAAGCGUCUCGAAAUCUGCUACGGGGCGGCGCGUGGGCUAAACUACCUCCACACCGGCUUCGACCGUCCGAUCAUCCACCGUGACGUGAAGACCACGAACAUCCUCCUCGACGAGAAUUGGGUCGCAAAAGUCGCCGAUUUCGGGAUGUCGAAAUUGGGGCAGAGCAACACGGCGGUGAGCACGGCGGUGAAGGGCACGUGGGGGUAUUUGGAUCCGGAGUACCACCGCCGUCUUCAGGUGACGGAAAAAUCCGACGUGUACUCAUUUGGGGUCGUCUUGUUCGAAGUGCUCUGCGGGAGAAAACCGCUGGACCCCACCGCCGGCGAAGAGAAGUUCAAGCUUACGCUGUGGGCCAAGAAAUGCUCGGAGAAAGGAACCGUUCAUCAGAUUAUUGAUCCGACGUUGAAGGGGAAGAUUUCGCCGGAGUGUUUGAAGCAGUAUUUGGAGCUGGCGGCGAUCUGUAUUAACGAUCAGAUGAAGAACCGGCCGACGAUGGCGGUGGUGGAGGAGAAAUUACGGUUCAUAAUUCAACUGCAGGAGGAAGCGGAUGAGGGUAAAUCGGACGGCGAAUUGAAUUAUCCGGAAGAGCAGAUUUCUCCGAUAUCGUCGAUGGGGAGAUCGGUGAGGACGGAGUCGUAUAAAAGCCACGUCGCCACCGUGCUCAGCGGCUCCGAUUUCACGGCGUCGACGAUUAUGAGUGAAGAGAUGUUCGAGAGUGUUGAUCGGAGUACCGGUGGUGGGCCCAAUUCCGGGAAGUAUUAGAGGGGAGAAAAAUCAAAGCUUUUUUUCUCUUUUUUAGAAACUUUUGUAUGAUAUAUCGGGAUUGAAUCUUCGACCUCAGGGAAAAUGUUGCUCACUAGGUUAAAAAAUUUAGGGAUUGAAUCUUCGACUUCGAGGAAAAUGUCUUAGCUGCUCACGAGGUUAAAAAAUUUGGAGAUUUAAUCUUCGACCUCGAGGGAAAUGUCUUAGCUGCUCACUAGGUUAAAAAAUUUAGACCUCAUUGUAUAAUAUGUUUUGAUAUAUUGAUGUGUGUAAAUUAUGGUUAAAGUAGGGUUUUGUCUCAUAUGUAUAUGAUGAUAGAACAAAUAAUUUCCACA